GUUGCACGGCACGUCAUUCCACUGGCCGUUCUGAUGCCAGAUCAUCACCACACAGUCUUCUCCUGAGUUGAAGUAAUUAUCAGUACGACAUGUGAUGCGCUGCCUGGCCUGUCUCCAUGGCUGGAUCAGAGUAGAUGCCCCUGCUGCUUUCUGCCCCAGACUGCAGCGUCAGGGCUAAAUGUGUAAAAGGACUGUCUUUCAUACAAAUGGAGGCCAGGACUGUCAUCAGAUAAGCUGCAGCCUCCAAGUCACUAAAGACUGAAGCCAAUGGAAUGGGUUUUGAAUCUGCUGAAUACUAAAUGAGAAACCUCCGUGACGCUAUCAUUGCAGAGGACUGACCAUCGCCAUAGUUUCUCACAAAGCCUUUUUAGGUUUUGAAAGCCCCUCUUUUCAGUCUCACUCUGCUCCUCUGCCUCAUACACCUUCAUCCAGUGGCUCUGCUGUUCAGCCCACAUAGAGAGGACCCUUCCCUCUCCCCUGGCCCCACAUCGGCGGCCAGCUCUGGCGGUGUGUUGGUGAACGAUGGCGCGGUGGGAAGCUGAGGGCUGCCGCGGGGGACUGUGAUGUCAGAGAACACCAGCCCGGGCGAGAGCCGGCGUGGCGCUCCCAGAUUCUUCGUGGGCUGCGAGGAGGAUGAAAGCGAGGUCCUGGACGAGAGCAUGAGGACAGACAUGGAGCUGUAUGAGGACGACGAAGACUCAGACUCGCCCCCAGAGCAACAGAUCGUGGUGGGGAUCUGCUGCAUGAUGAAGAAGUCCAAGUCUAAGCCCAUGACCCAGAUCCUGGAGAGGCUGUGCAAGUUCGAGUUCAUCACCGUGGUCAUCUUCCCAGAGGAGGCCAUCCUCAACGAGCCUGUGGACAAAUGGCCUCUGUGCGAUUGCCUCAUCUCUUUCCACUCCAAGGGAUUCCCGCUGGAUAAGGCGGUGAGCUAUGCCAAACUGAGAAACCCUCUGCUCCUCAACGACCUGAACAUGCAGUAUUACAUACAGGACAGGAGAGAGGUGUAUCGCAUCCUGCAAGAGGAAGGGAUUGACUUACCGCGCUAUGCUGUGCUGAACCGCGACCCAGAUAAACCAGAUGAGUGUAACCUGGUUGAGGGAGAAGACCACGUGGAGGUGAACGGAGAGAUUUUUCAAAAGCCUUUUGUUGAGAAGCCCGUCUGCGCAGAGGACCACAACGUCUACAUCUACUACCCCACCUCUGCUGGUGGAGGCAGCCAGAGACUCUUCAGAAAGAUCGGCAGCCGCAGCAGUGUGUACUCACCAGAGAGCAACGUGAGGAAGACAGGCUCGUACAUCUAUGAAGAGUUCAUGCCAACAGAUGGCACCGAUGUUAAGGUGUACACUGUGGGGCCCGACUAUGCUCACGCUGAGGCCCGGAAGUCCCCCGCUCUGGACGGGAAGGUGGAGAGAGACAGCGAGGGGAAGGAGGUCCGCUACCCCGUCAUGCUCUCAGCCAUGGAGAAACUGGUGGCUCGUAAAGUCUGCCUAGCAUUCAAGCAAACUGUGUGUGGCUUCGAUCUCCUCCGAGCCAACGGACACUCGUAUGUGUGCGACGUCAACGGAUUCAGCUUUGUGAAGAACUCAAUGAAGUACUAUGAUGACUGCGCCAAGAUCCUUGGGAACAUCGUGAUGCGUGAGCUGGCUCCUCAGUUUCAGAUUCCUUGGUCCAUCCCCACUGAGGCAGAGGACAUCCCCAUUGUUCCUACUACAUCAGGGACCAUGUAA